AUGACGACAGUUGGAAGUUUGGAACCGUUUGAUUUGGGACAGCCAAAUAAAUGGGGCUCAUAUUUGGAGCGAUUUAAAUUGUUCCUGCUUGCCAAUGAUGUCAAAGACGAGGGUCGCAAAAAAGCAUCUUUCCUCACAUUGGUCGGAGCACCAGUCUACGAUCUUUUGACAUCAUUGGCGUUUCCAAACCAGGUCAGUACAUUACCGUUAGACCAAAUUGAGAAGAUUCUAACUGAUCAUCUUUGUCCACGUCCAUCGGAAAUCGCGGCAUUUUAUCAUUUUCACAAACGUGAUCAACAUCCGGAUGAGACCGUCGGAAACUAUCUCGCAGCCCUGCGGGCAUUGGCAGUGGGUUGCAAUUUUGGAGCAGCGUUGGACAGAAUGCUGCGUGAUCGUUUUGUAUGCGGCAUGAGGGAUGAAAGCUUACAGAGAAGUUUUCUUGCAGACACUGAAUUGACAGUGCAGAAAGUUUUGGAGAGAGCAACUACUAGUGAAGCUGCAGCAGCGAGUGCAAAGGCUAUCAGACAGCCUAACGAGACUAUCCACAGCAUCAAAUCACAGCGUCCUCAACAACCAUAUAAAGGAAAAGGACAACAAUGUGCGGGUUGUGCCGGUCCACACGGCCGGCAGCAAUGCCCUUAUCGUGAAGCAAUAUGUCACGGCUGUGGCCGGAAGGGCCAUCUUAAGCGUGUCUGCCGGAGUAAUGACUCGUCGAACGAUGUUCAUCCAGUAAAGGGCAAAAAUUCACGUGGGAAAUCGGUAAACCUCAUAUCUAAUCUGGUGAGCCUGAAGAAACGUAUCACGGUACAGAUUAAUGGAAAAUCGUGUACUUUUGAAGUGGAUUCUGGAUCUGACGUAACUAUGAUGACGUUGCGGACUUAUGAUCGUAUCUGGCCAACAAACAAGCCUAAGGUUUACAACUACGAUCCGGGGUUUAGUGACUACCAACACAACCCAAUCCAGAUACUAGGAGUUUUUGAUGUAUCAAUUCAUUACAACGGUCGUAAUAUUGAUAAUCUACCAGUCAUCGUCACUAAAAGCGGUUGUAGCGACCUUCUGGGUUGUAACUGGUUCGACCCACUAGGCAUCAGUAUCAAGGGCAUACAUUCAGUGGGCAGUGACGUACAGAUCGCAGGCAUUCUGAAUAAUGCCACCAGUGCGACUACCUCCACGCCGAAUUCCAUAUGCUCUAAAGGACUAGUCGAAGAGGAGCUGGAUCGCCAAUGCAAGCAAGGGAUUCUUAAACCUGUGGAGUAUUCAGAUUGGGCCACUCCUAUUGUACCAGUUAUCAAGAAGGACGGUUCAAUUCGUAUUUGCGGCGACUAUAAAUCAACUUUAAACAAAGCGGUUAAGCCGCACUGCCAUCAAAUACCGGCGAUCAACACUUUGCUGGCAUCUAUGGAAGGUGGAUCGAUUUUUGCCAAAAUUGAUCUGGCUCAAGCUUAUCAGCAGUUAGUAGUCGACGAAAACUCGUCUUUGCUGCAAACAAUCAGUACACAUAAGGGUGCAUUCAAAGUAACUCGAUUGCAAUUCGGCAUUUCAUCAGCACCAGGCAUUUUUCAAAGCUGUAUUGAGAAUGUGGUACAGAAUAUUUCCGGAGUCUUACCAUAUUUUGAUGACAUUGUAAUAUUUGGAAAAACGGAAACGGAAUUGGCAACUAGAUUACAGGAACUGUUUAUACGUUUUGACAAAGCCGGACUGCGACUACGCAAGGACAAAUGCCAAUUCGGAGUACCAUUCGUUGAGUUUUUAGGUUUCAAAAUUGACUCAACUGGUAUAAGACCAUGUGCCGAUAAAGUCUCGGCAAUCAAAGACGCACCAGCACCUAAGGAUAAAAAGCAGUUGCAGGCUUUCUUAGGACUACUAAAUUUUUAUCACUCAUUUUUGCCACAUAAAGCAACAGUGGCAGAACCCUUAAAUCGUCUUUUGGAUAAAAAUGCAACUUGGAGGUGGGACAAACAGUGUGAGAAGGCUUUUUCUACACUUAAGGAACUUAUUGGGUCAGACGACGUACUAGUGCAUUAUGAUGGUUCAUUGCCACUAGUGCUAGCUUGUGAUGCGUCACCAUAUGGACUUGGUGCAGUUUUAAGUCACAAAAUGCCGAAUGGAGCGGAGAAACCCAUCGCUUUUUACUCCCGUACCUUAUCCAAAGCUGAGCGAAAUUAUGCUCAGAUUGAUCGAGAAGCUAUUGCCUUGGUAGCAGGAGUAAAGAAGUUCCAAAACUACGUCUACGGUCGUACUUUCACACUAAUCACCGAUCAUCGACCUCUGUUGGGUAUUUUUACCACAUCGAAAGCAAUCCCAAACAUUAUUUCAAAUCAGAUGCUACGUCGAUCUUUGUUCCUGUCAGCAUAUACUUUCGAGCUAGUACACCGCUCCGGAUUAAAAAUGGGCAAUGCGGAUUUUCUAAGUCGUUGUCCACUAUCAGCAGCAUCGGACGCUGUUAGCACCGACGAUGUGCUUAUGAUCGAAUUAGCAGCAACGCCAAUCAUAAGUGCUGAGGCGAUUGCCGCUCAAACAUCGAAGGACCCCUUAUUGGCGAAAGUAUCAAACUGGGUGUUAAGGGGAUGGCCUGACAUGAAAUUGGAGCAAUCAGAUAUUGCAUAUCCAUACUAUUGCCGUCGGGAACAGCUCUCUACAAAUAAAGGAGUUUUGAUUUGGGGAAAUCGCGCCGUAGUUCCACCGAAAUCCAGAGCAACAAUUUUAGCUGCUCUACAUGCCGCUCAUCCAGGCAUUGUAAAAAUGAAGGCGUUAGCGCGUAGCUAUGUUUGGUGGCCAAACAUUGACUCUGAGAUUGAGCUUAUUGUUAAGAAAUGUAUUCCAUGCCAGCAGAAUCGUAACGAUCAUUCAGAGGCACCGGUGCAUCAUUGGGAGUCAGCCAAGCGGCCGUGGUCCUGUCUACACAUCGACUUUGCAGGACCUUUUCAAGGAAAAACCUUUCUUCUGGUCGUGGAUUCUUACUCAAAAUGGCUAGAGGUUGCGGUUGUUAGCUCCACUUCUACAGCGGCUACAAUCAAAGUUCUCAGGCAACUGUUCGCUACGCAUGGGUUACCAGAUCAGUUAGUGUCAGACAAUGGCACAGCAUUUACCUCCGAAGAGUUCAAGGCAUUCCUCCACAACAAUCUAAUUCGACACAUUAGAUCAGCACCGUUUCACCCAGCAACAAACGGCCAAGCAGAGCGCAUGGUGCAGACCACCAAAAACUACCUUAAAAAACUAUCUCCGAACAAUAAUAUUGAUCUAAGCCUUGCUCGAUUUUUGUUUAAUCAACACAUAACUCCACAUGCAACGACAAAUCGCUCGCCAGCUCAGCUAUUGUUAAAUCGGGAGUUAAAGUCCUACUUUGAUAAACUACAGCCACAAGAAAUUUCUAAUGGAGCAGAACCAUUUAUUAAUCAAUCGAAAUGUUUUGAUACAGGCAAAUCCGUUUGGGUACGAAACUAUGCACCGGGACCAAAAUGGAUAGAAGCCUACAUAUCCGAGCAAACAGGACCAGUGUCUUACAAAGUUCGUUUGACAGACAAUCGCAUCAUAAAGCGUCAUUAUAACCAAAUUCGAAGCCGAGUUGAACAAACAGAUGUAAACAUAUCACAUCAGGCACCAUCAGCAACUGAUGACAACACGGAAGAUCCUGCUUCCAGUAACCACUCUAGGCCAGAGAGUCCUAUUCAAGAUGAUCCACACUCAUUGCAUGCCUCACCGAUGCUACGACGUUCUGCUCGCAUGAGACGACCCACUCAAUUCUAUGAGUCAUCUGGGUGUUAA